AUGACGGCCGACAUCCGUACCCGUUCCGCGUUCGCUGCCUCGACGUCCUCCUCCGCCCCUCGACCGAUCGCGACCCCUGUCCCUCUGCACCAGCGCAUCCUGUACCCCUCGCCUUCCCCUCAUGGGCCCCGACCACCCCGGAUCCUUCACGCCGCAGCACACACCGAACUCGAUCCUCUCAUCCUCGACUUGAUCGCUCUCAUCUGCCGCGAACACGUGCUCUCGUGGUACUCGUCCAUCUCUCGCGACCCCGAACGCGCCUUCGUGCAACAGGUCACCUCGAUCCUCGUCCAUGUCAUUCAGGCGCUCGAAGUGAGGCUAGCCCACGUCGACUUCGUCCAAUUGCUUGCCGUCGAUCUUCCGGCCUUGUUGGAGACCCAUGUCAGGGAUUGGGAUAAAGCCAUGGAUAAAGCCCACACGGGGCAUGCGCACAAUUUUGAUCGCGACAACGUUUUCCACCUCUUGCAACCGCACAUCGCUGUCACUUUGCAAACAACAUCGGGGGCAGGGAAAGGUAUGACCCAAGUCCAGGUCGAUCCGACUUAUCUCCGAGCGCUCGUCGAUCAUCUGUUGAGGUUGCUUUUACCUCCCGAGGAUUAUCGCGCCGAGACGAACCGAGCGAUCACGAGGGAGAUCAUCGUGAAUGUCAUCUUGGGCAACGUAUUCAAUCGGGUUGCACAACCAUGGUUCGUUUAUUCGGCCAUCACCAAGAUCAUCGUGGCUCAGAAAUCGUCACGCGUCGCCACGGGCGUUCCGGACAAAUCACCGAGCACGACCCCGUCGCUCCCCGAUCGCAUCCUCGCGACAAUCUCCUCGAUUCCACCCGUCUUCCGAGCACUUUCGGCUUCCCUCUCGACACUCUACCAUACCACCAUAUCAUCCCCUGUCCCACCACACUACCGUCAUCAACCCCCUCUGGCCUCACCCUGGAUCUCAUUUCUCCUCGUCCUCUUACCCUCCUCACCCCUCCUCGCCCAAGUGACGCAUUACCUCUCCCUCCUCCUCUCCCUGUUCUCCUCCUUCAUCACCUCCUUAACCUUCUAUCUCAUAAACAAUAAACUCUGCACGGGGGAUCUGGUCAAGACGGUCUUGGAAUCGACGACCCAAGCUCUGUUCCCGAAUGGGCAUUCCCCACCCAAGGAACCUGAUCCGAACGAGGCGCAACAAGAGGAAAUCAAGAAGGGGUGCGAAGAGGCGAUCGCGGGGGUGUUGCCCAAGGUGGCGGUGAGGAUGUUGGUUCCUCUUUCCGGGAUAGGGGCGGACAAAUCUUCGUCGGCCGAGGAUGAGCUUGCGAGAGCAAGAGCCUUGGCGCGUCAUUUGAUGAGGUCAUUGGAUUCGCACGUCGCGAAUGUGCAUCUGUUCGUGUUGGUGCUUGAUCUUAUCGUCGGGAGGGUGUUUCCGGAAUUGGUGGUACCGACGGAGGAGUGAGGCAGCUUUCUCUACGAUUGGGGCUGGGUUCUACACUGCAGUCGAUUCGUCGAUUUCGAUUGGUCAGGGUAUUUUGGGUUUGUUGGCGAGUUCGGGGUCAGUUCCUUGUUGUUAUAUUGUUUUGCUUUCCAAAAACGUGGACUUGUUCCCCCCGGGACAUGUUCCCCCCCAAGUGGAUUUGCAUCUGCCCAAAAACUUGUGAGCUCGAGUCGGCCGGGAUCGAAACUCGCUCCGUUCACGCGCCUCGACGCGGGAAGCGCUCUUAUCCUCCUCCCUUCAUCCCGCGCUGCGACCCAUCACGUGGUCCACCUCUUGUACACACCAUGGUCAGUCAUCGAUACGCGCAAAAAAGUUUACAUCCACUGACUUCUCUUGGAACUGAUAGGCAGCAAACGCAGCGGCGGGUAACCGAUGGCAACAGCGCAAUCGAGGCUCGUUCGUGCCUCGUAGUGAGGUCAGUUCUAAACCAUCCACGUUCUUUGAGCAUUCGUAGCUGACCUAACGCUCUCUGUACUCGAAGCUGAGCUCAGAACAACAAGCCAUCUUGGCCGCCGUGCCCGUGCGUAGACAUGCCCACUCCGACCUGGGGGGCAGCAGUCAUACUCAUCCUCGUCGGGUCCACUCUCUACGCCACAGACCUUCAAAAGGACGUGGGUUCGACCGUCUUUCCUUAAACCUCAUCAACGGCCCAACUACAAGAGUCAGGCCCCAAACAAGGAGCCGGGUCGCGCGAUCCUCUUCCCCCGAAUGCUGAUUUUCGAUCCUCUGGCGCACAGUUUGCAAAUGGGUGAUCGACGCGACCCCUUCGACGAGGAUGGAGUUCGAGAAAGACACGACGAGUGAAAGAGGUGCGCUUCAGACGACGGGGGCAUCGACCGUACAGAAUUCGACGCCGACGCCGACGCCGACGCCGGUCCCUAUCUCGGCGGUCAUCGAUCUGACUGGAGGAGCGACGACCCCCAUACCCAUACCCGUAGCUACUUCUGCACCUGCACCUGCACCUAUCGUAGUCGUCCAAACCUCUGUCGAAGCGGCACACACACCCAUCCCCAUCCCCAUCCCCGCCCCCACCACCUCCACCACGACAACCACCGUAAUCGUACCCCCCACCACGACCCUCGACCCACCCGUCCCUUCCGUCCCCUCAGCUUCCAAACCCGCCCAAGGCACCCCUCCCUCCGAACCUACGGCUCAUCAACAAAUUAUUGAAGCAGUAAAGGACGUCCAAGGGAAUGAAGUGCAGAAGAUUGAAGAAACCGCAGUGGAGGAUGUGGAGAUGAAGGAUGGGGCUGGUGGUGGAGAGGACGGUCCUACGAAGGAGUUGGUGGAGGAUGGGUUGCAAGUUGCGAAUGAGGCGACGGAGGGGGUUAUGUAG